GCUAAUAUAGCCCGCAUAAUAAUGUUCGACGUAUUUCUACGGUGGGACGACGACGUUGCAGGGUUCGACCAUGAUGAUGACAUGAUGAGUUCCGACAGUCCCCGCUCGCAGAAGAUACGAAGGCAAUGACCACUCACCAUUUAUUACUAUCAUAUCAAUGCGACUCGAUGGAUUCAGCAUUUCAUAUACUACCAUACAGCUCAAAUUUCGCCUUAUUGACCACCCCGCACAUGUGACCAAUCAGCAUGUCCUCUGCAGCUGCCCCACAAUUUGAGUUCCGAUCCUUCGUUGAAGCGCUCAAAAAGGUGAUAUUGUCAGUAUCACCCGAGAAGUCGAUUCCAAUCUAGGAGCGGCGGCCAUCACUCGUCUCGUAUACGAGAAUGACCUUCCUGCGCCCUUGUUCGAGAAUGUCAAAGGUUCAAAAGAUGGACUCUUCUGUACCAUUGGUGCCCCAGCUGCUCUGAGAAAGGAUAAGAAAACUUGUUUUGGACGCCUGGCUCCACAUGUAGGCCCAUGUAGGCCUGGAACCGACAGCUAGUACGAAACAAAUUCUCGACAAGCUGAUCUCCGCGGACAAGAUGGAGCCUAUUGAGCUUACAGUCUUAGAGAGCGGGCCAUGCAAACAGAAUAUCAUUCAGGAGAAAGAUGUCCAAGUGGAGGCUCUUCCUGCGCCCUGGAUCCAUAAAGAUGAUGGCGGAAAGUACAUACAAACCUACGAUACGCCUUACGCUAUCAAUCGAAAUUUUGAUGACUUGCUUAUAAAGAUCGUAGGCAUGCAUGUUAUCCAGUCUCCCGAUGGUAAAUGGACCAACUAAUCCAUCGCACGUGCUAUGAUCAAGGACGACAAACACCUCGUCGGCCUGGUCAUUCUCCACAGCACAUCUGGCAAAUCAAGGAGCUUUGAAAUAAAGAAGGCAAAGAUUGCCCGUGGGCUCUGUGCUUUGGCGUGCCCCCCGCUGCUAUCAUGACAUCGUCUAUGCCUAUACCCGACGGUGUUUCAGAAGGUAGUUACAUUGGAACCUUCAUUGGCGAGUCUAUUCCCGUUGUCAAAUGCGAGACCAACGACCUUCUUGUCCCUGCUACGUCUGAAAUUGUCUUUGAAGGCUUCUUGUCUGUCACCGAGACUGCUCCUGAGGGUCCUUUUGGUGAAAUGCAUGGUUAUGUAUUCCAAGGCAACUCGCGUGAUAGCCCCGUGUACAAGGUCAACUGCAUAACUCAUCGCGACGAUGCUAUCCUUCCCAUGUCCGCCUGCGGACGAUUGACGGACGAAACUCAGACGCUGAUUGGUUCUCUCCACGCUGUUGAGAUCGGGGAGAUCUGCCGCGAUGCGGGUCUUCUCGUUACUGAAUGUUUCUCUCCUUUUAAAUAUCAAGUCACCUGGAUCGCCCUUCAGUUAGAUGGCAAGAAAUUGACGGAGAUGAAAACCACUUCUGAAGAGCUGAGAAAGAAAGUCGGUGACUUAGUGUUCAACACAAAAGCUGGAAGCACUACUCAUCGUAUCGUCCUUGUUGGUGAUGAUAUUGAUGUGUAUGACGGUACAGACGUCCUGUUGGCCUUCUCCACCCAAUGUUGCCCCAAUAUGGACGAGACAUUUUUCGAAGAUGUCCCUGGCUUUGCUUUGAUUCCUUAUAUGGGACAUGGCAAUGGUAACCCCUGACGAGGUGGCAAGGUUGUCUCAGACUCCCUUAUGCCUUUAAAGUACACCACUGGGCUAGAUUUCGUCUCGGCCGACUUCAAGAGUAGCUAUCCUGAAGAGUUGAAAAGGCAGGUUCUCCAAAACUGGAAGAAUGAUGGUUUGCUCCUUUGUGAGAAGGUCAAAUUACGAUGAUUUGAGCAGCAGUAGGAGUAACGUGGUUUGCUGAGCAUAGAUAGUCAGCUUUCAAUACAGUCUCCUCUUGUUUGUGAAAAAUAGUCAUCUAGGACUAGUAGACGAGUUUUAAAGUAUAUAACAGGAGCAGAUAACAGGAAAACAAAACAGUACUCGUAAAUAUAUUAGACACUAUGAUCUGCAGGUCGUCCUGGGGACGGAUCAUUAUCUAUUUGCAGGCAUUUCCUUAUUAUGC